GCCUUCACGGGUUUGCUUGAGUGUGUGCAGGUAGUGCAUGACCCGUAGCCAGUCGGGAGGUUUACUGCCGUUGAAUCCAGAGAUUGACCGCACCUGUCGCCAACUCAGGAGACAACAGCGAGCUAGACUGGCUACGGAAGAGCGCAUAGACGGCCACCUGAGUAGUAUUCUGAGGAAGAGUACGGGAUGGACGGAGAAUACAAUCCACACCAGGGGAAUCCUCAGCAAGCUCCCCCGGUGAAUCAGGUCCUGGGGAACAACCCCAUACCCCAGGAUCAUGGGGUUCAUCAUCAUCCACCGCCGCCGGGUCCCACCUUGGAGUACUACUACACUCCACGGAUUGCUGACAUCCGCCCGGUCAUCCUCUACCCGCCUAUUCCAGCAAACAACUUCGAGAUCAAGCCAUGCUGGAUUCAGCUCAUUACAUCCUCUAUCCAGUUCCAUGGCUUGAAGGAUGAGGAGGCCAGGGUGCAUCUUUCCCGUUUUCUGCAGCUGACGAACGGGUUCAAGCUUAAUGGUGUCCCUGAUGAUGCAAUCCGCCUUCACCUUUUCCCUCAUUCUCUGGCGGGGAAUGCUAAGAGGUGGUUGGAGACCCAUCCCCCAUUGUCCAUCACCUCUUGGGACGAUCUGGUUGACAAAUUCGUGCACAGGUACUAUCCGACAUCGAAGACUACAGAGAUCCAGCGGGAGAUCACUCACUUGCGCCAAGAGCCAGAUGAGUCACUUCGUGAUGCGUGGGAGCGGUACAUGAGAUAUUUCUGGCAGUGUCCCCAUCAUGGCUUCAGUGAUGCAUUCACAGUGGGGAACUUCUACAGUGCUCUCUCUCCAGAUAGCCAGAGGGUGAUUGAGUCUCUAUGCCCAGGAGGGGAUAUUCUUACUAAGACUCCACCCGAGCUGAACCAGAUGAUCAAUACCUUGGCUGCCAGAGAUCAUUCUUGGGGGCAGAGCAGCAGAGGCAGACAUUCCCGGGACCGUGGUGUGCACGCCAUGGAGACCAGAUCCGGGCUUGAGCAGCAGGUAGUUGAGUUAGUGCAGACAUUGAAGCAGCCCAACAGUCUUAUUCCGGGCAGAGGUUUGGCUACACCUCCAGUAGCUCAAUGUCAGUGGUGUGAGAGCUCAAAUCACCUAGUGGAGGACUUCCAGGCUAUGAGGGAGUCUACUACUCCCCAAGAGCAGUUGGACUUCAUCGCCAAUGCUCGGCGCCUCGACCCGUACAGCAACACAUAUAAUGAGGGGUGGCGCCAGCACCCCAAUUUCGCCUGGAGCAGCAAAAUCACUAAACCACCUAGUUUCCCAGCACCAGCCGGUGGUUUUCAGCAGAGGCAGCCCUUCCAGGCUCGACAGGGGCCAGCCCCACAGCAGCAGCCCUACCAGCCUAGGCAGGGGCAACCAUUCCAGCAGCCCCAGCGCCAGUUUGCCGAGCCAGCAGCAGCUCCUGCCCCAGAUGAUCGGAUGACGAAGCUGGAAAAUAUUCUAGAUUCAUUCAUGACUAGCACUCAGGCAACUAUCCCGAGGUUGGACCAGAGCGUAGCCUCACUGGAGGCAGGUCAGAGGAACCAAGGUGCCAUUUUGCAAGAUCUGCAGCACCAGGUGGGUAUCUUGGCCCGCCAAAACACUACCAGGGCACCGGGGACUCUGCCUGCCACCACUAUUCCGAAUCCUCGUGAUCCUCACCAGCAUCAGCAGCUGGAUGCCAUUUUUACCAUGAGCGGUAAGACCAUAUCUGCUGAUCCUAUCCCGGCCAGACAGGAGGACCCACUACCUGCUUCAGCACUUCCAGCCGACGAUGCAGAAGUGCGGGUGGAGAAGGAAGCCCCUGCUCCCAAGCCACAACCAGUGGUUAAGGAGCAUGUGCCUCAGCUUCCCUUCCCCACUCGCCUACACAAAGACAAGCUGGAGACUGAGUUUGCCAAGUUUAUGGCAAUGUUGAAGCAGCUCAACAUCAGCAUACCGUUCGUGGAGGCACUGUCGAAGAUGCCCAAGUAUGCUAAGUUCAUGAAAGACCUCCUCACCGACAAGAAGAAACUUGGGGAUCUUUCGACAGUGAUGCUCAGUAAGGAGUGUUUUGCUAUCCUGCAGAACAAGCUGCCCGAAAAGCGCAAGGAUCCAGGGAGUUUUACUAUCCCUCUUACUAUUGGCAACAUGCAUGUAGGCAAGUCCUUGGCGGACCUAGGCGCUAGCAUAAAUGUCAUGCCAUAUAAGUUGUAUAAAAAGCUAGACCUAAGUGAACUUAGCCCUACUAGGAUGAGCAUUCAGCUAGCUGAUCGUUCCAUUGUGCAUCCUAGGAGAAUCAUAGAGGAUCUGCUUGUCAGUGUCGGUGCAUUCACAUAUCCUGUUGAUUUUGUUAUUCUUGAUAUACAUGAGGAUGUGGAUGUUCCUUUAAUUCUGGGUAGACCAUUUCUUGCCACCGCCAAGGCACUUAUUGAUGUGCAUGAUGGUAAACUGAUCCUGCGUGCUGGGAAUGAACAGGCUACUUUUUCUGUGACUGAAUUCGAUCACUGUGCUAUGAUUGCUGUCACACCUGUGCAUGCCAUUUCUGAUCAGGUACACGAGCCUGUCGUGUAUCCUUCUGCACCUCUUAUUUUGCAGGACCCUCCUAUCAUUCCUUCGCCGCCACUCCAUCUGGUCUCGCCUCCAAACAAAAAGAUCAAGGAGGAGUGGCGGCCGAAGCAGCAGGUUGCUAAGCCUGCACGGAAGAAGGGUGGAGACCACUACGAGCUGGUCCCACCUCUUGCACCACGACCACCCUGGCCGUCGAGCUGACUGAUGAUGGUGGUCGCAUCCGUCGGGUGCAUGGCCACAACCUAAAGCUGUACCUCAAGAGAGACGUGGAUCCGCUCUUGGAGGCACCUGCACCUGCACCUCCCUGAGUAUCCACCAUGGGCGUCCAGCUAAAAGACGGUAAAGAAGCGCUUGUGGGGAGGCAACCCCACCACGGUUUGACUUUCUUUCUUGUGUUUUGAGUCGGAUUGUAAACCGGUUUGGUUUUGGUUUGUUUUCUUUUGUUUUGAAUGAUGUAUUAUUGGGCUGACCAUUGGACCUAACAUAUUGUGUUUGAGCUCUUUGGUUUCCGUUAGCUGUGCUUGUCUUGACUGGUCCUCUCUCCAGUCCGCUUCACUCCGACUGGUCCGCUUCUAGUCUCCUGCAGUCCGUGCAUACCGGUAACAUCGUUCCCCUUUCCCUUCCCUCUUCUCCAUUGAGGGCAAUGUCGAUCUUAAGAGUGGGGGGAUGUUUAUCUUUUGACUGCAUUAGAUCUGUUUGUGUGCUUGGAGCCUAGUCCACUGUCCAAAUUUUUAAAUUUGAGGGCUCCAAGUACGUGUUUCCGUGCAAUUGCCUGCUCAGUAUGCUUUGAAUUGACAGUCUUUAUAGUAAUAUGCAACCUAGGGAGGUAGUGUAGCACUAUGGAGGAUGUUGAUGCAUUUAAGAAGUCUAAUUUCUUCUUCAUAUUGUGUUGGUUGAUUGAGUGAAUUAGUGAUCUUAGGACCCUUGAAUUGUGUGGUGUUGUGGACUCUCUACCUGUCAUGGACUCUUGUUUCAUGUUUUGAGUUUAACAGGUGCUCGAAAAUGUGCUUUAAAAUAACGUCUCCCGUGCGAAUAGGGCGAAAGUGUGUAAGGGGAGACGGGAAUUCGUUCCCAAUUUCCACCUACUACCUCCAGCCCCCUUACAUGUCUUUCCCCCACACGAGGCUCGAGACAUCCGCUCCUGGCAUGGCCGGUAAGAGCCGGGCUCCCGCAAAACCUCUGCUAUGUGGGAGCCCCCAUUUUCUGAAAAGCAGGUUGGGACCCUUGAAAAAAAAAAGAGAAAAAAAAAAACAGAAAACAAGCAAAACAGAAAGAAAAGGGGUUCCAACCAUCUUCAAGAAGAAAAUAGAGCACCUUGAAUAAUGUGAGUCCAUGAUCCUUUGUUUUUGAGAAUCUCUUCAUCCACGAUUCAUUUGUCCUCUGUUCACUAUUUGCCAUGAUGCCGACUCGAUACUAGUGCUCUCGCCGAAGAAGCUAUGAGAUGACUUGUGCGUCGGUUGACCUCGUAAGCUGCUAAAUGAUCUAAGAAGUCCUCUACCUACGAUGUGGGUUGUUUGUUGCUAUAGAGGUCUGGAGAGUUGCAUUGGUUUGAGUUAGGUUUGCUUGGGGACAAGCAAAUGGUUAAGUGUGGGGGAAUUUGAUAACGAUGUAAUUGCACGUAUUUGCACCCCUAGUUCUUAUCCGUUUGAGGGGCAUAGUCGUGUAUUUUGGCCUAUUUUACGCCGGGUUGUGCUAUUUUGUCAUAUUUCAGGUCCCAGGCGUCAAAGGAAAGGCUAAGCACGAGUUUCGGGGCAUUCGGAAGUCAUUUCGUCGAGCUGGAGCCAAAACACGGGCACACCUAAAGCAGAACACGGCCGUGUUCCUAGGCCGUGCUUUUACUGCCGAGAGCUGAUUUGAGUUUGAAAAACACUGGCUGAAAACACGGGCGGGGUUGAGAGAAAACACGGCCGUGCCCACCAAAAGCACGCCCGUGUUUUACCCAACAGUCUGGCCAUGUAAUUAACCCUUGGCAAAACACGGGCGGGCUGAGGCAAAACACGGCCGUGCCCUCGACCGUGUUUUGCCCAGUGAUGCCCUUUUAAGCAGAUUUCAGCCAAAACAAAAGGGGAUUCGAGUUUUAGAGAGACAGAGCGAUUCCUAGAGAGAGAAAGCGACGAACAAGAGUCUACAAGUGCCCUAGCUUGAUCUUCACCACCAUUGGAGGCCAGCUUGAGCUUGGAGAAGUGUCGAUCAAAGUCCAGGAGCAGGAAUCCAUCCUUCACAGUAUGAAUUCCGCGUCUGAUUCUGCUUUUGCUUCUUUCUCCAUGGAGUAGUUCUCCCAUUCAUCUGGGUAUGGAGAACCCUAGAUUUGUAUGUUAGGUUUGAUUGUAUGAACCCAAGUACUGAUUCUAUGAUUUGAUUAUAUUCAAUUGAGGUUUGAAUGAUUGAAUGGCAUGAAUCCUGAUCAAAUUCCUGUUGUUUCUGCUUUAACCUAGAAUGAGAAUAUCUGCCUAGGUUGAUAGAGAAUCCUUGAUUGAAGGUAGGGAGUUGGUGACUUUAGUCGAGGAGCCAACUCACUAUUCUGUACCGAAUUCACUUCGGUAGUGGAGGUUUUGUUGUUAGGGCCUCAAUCUGUUUACUCCGGUGGAGGUUAGUCGCCCGCUAGAGACUCAGAUUGAGAGGGUCUGAAGACCUUUAGUCGAGACUUCAGGCUGUUUAAGAACCAUAUCCGGGUGACCUCUCUUAACCGGAAAACAACCGUUUACUUGCUUUGUUUGUUUGUUAGUUUAGACUUGCAUUAAAGUUUCAUUGCUUGAUAAUAAGAAUUCACCGAGUAGUCAUCAAAUCUAGGACCCGGGUUGACAUUUAAACCCAAACCCGCUAUACUACACUUUAGGAAGUGGUUUCACUUGGCCAUUUCCUAGAGUGACAGUAGAAGUGAGUCAAUAACCUCGCCUUGCGUGAGUAUGUGUGUGUUUGUUUGUUUUGUCUCCUUGAAGCUCCCUCCUCUUCAUAUCUGGCCCAAUUAUGUCUCGACUUUCACUUACCAAGCUAUGCGGUAACAACAUUCUACCCUUUUUAUGCCUUUGAGGGCAAUGUUGAUCUUAAGUGUGUGUGUGUGUGGGUGGGUGGGUGGGGGGGGGGGGGGUAGGUUAGUAUGAUCGUGUGUGUGAUUUUAUGUGCUUGGAACCUAGUUGUAUGCACAAAUUUUAAAAAAUUUAAGGGCUCCAAGUAUUGCCUGUUCAUUGUGGCCGGUUGUUGGAGAAUCUUGUGUUUAUUGGCAUUGACUUUGGAUUGUGUACUUGCGAUUGAGUGCAUCCUAUUAUGAUGAUUGAGAAUUGCAUUAGGUUGGUGCAAGUGUUUAGUUGUCAUAUGUGUGAAAAUAUAUGGAUGCCUUAACUUAAGUACUCAUUGAUUGCAAUUGUCAUGCAUAGAAAAUUUUGAAAUUAGAAUGGAUGAUUGAGCGGCUAGGUAGCCAUGUGAGAUUUGUGCCGAUCGUCUCUUUCAUGUGUGAUAGAUCCCUCUUACCAUGAUGUGUAGCAUUCACAUUGUAAUUAGAGAGGAACAUGGAGGCAUAGGAUAAGUCCACUCCCCAAAAGUUGAUUGUCUCGAUCGUUGUAUCCCCUACUCAACCCUUUUGAGCCGUGUGACUUAGGGUCGUUCUCAUUGUAGGAGAUUUUGCUAUGUGAGCUUAAUUGAGAUUCAUAGAGUGACCCUUUGCUUUCUUCGUGUCUAAAUCAUUGUGAGUCAUCCUUGUGCCUCAGAGCUCCCAUUUUUGAGCUCCGCUGAGGCUCCACAUAGGUGAUUUCUGCACGGUUCCUACUAAGAAUGAAAAGGUAGUGUUGGAGGAAGUUCUUAAUGGUGAGCAUUGUUCGUUAAGUGUAAAAGGUGGCAUGUGUUUAGCUCUCUAGUACCCCCUAGAAAAAAUAGAAAGGAAAGAAAGAAAAAAAAAAGUGAAAAGAGGUAAUAAUAGGGGUAAAUAAUGAUAGAGAGUUGCCACAAAUUUGAUGUAUAUGCUCUAGAAAAGUGUUUCUUGGCAACCAAGCUAUUGAAACACCUACUUGUUUUUGGCCUCCUUCACUACUAUGCUUGAAAAAAUUGGAUAGCAGGUGUAGCUGAGAAAGUGUGCUUGAAUUAAGUUCAUGAUUGGUAGUGGUUUGGGAAGAAGGGAAGUGUGAUUUUUGGCCGAUGCUAGUGGUCGUUGCUUAUAGGAGAAGGUCCUAAUCGAAACCAUAGGACCUUGUGUUGGUUUUAGGUUGAAGAUGUGGAACCUCAUGCUAUGUUUACCACCACCCAAAAGGCCUUUUCCCCAUGUCCAAGAUCCUUGUCAGUCAUUUGAACCUGUGUCUUAGACCUCCGAACAAGCUAGUGAUGAUAACCAUCUUGUGAACUCUAACAUAUAGAGGUUUCCGUCAUGGUGAAGAGAUAAUAGGAAUGAGUGUUGAUGAUGUGCAUCUCUUGCAAUAAAUGGUCUUGACCCCACUAGUCGAGAGUGAGUGUUUCAUUCACACUUUUCAAGUUCUUAUCUUAUCCCGGUGAGGACCUAGUUCGCUCAUUCCUCUAUUCCUAGGGCUUGAUCUUUAUGCAUGGAUAAUUACGGUUUGUGAGUGGUCUUGUCAAGGAAUGUGUUGGUUUGUGAACAGAGUGAGACAUUUUUUAUACAUUUCAGGUCCUAGCACGAUGGUUGUGAAGUUCUCGGGAAACAUGGAGGUUUUUCCACCUCGCGGGCUUCAAGAUUAUCAGGGUCGCCUGACCGUGACAAUUUUCCAAUGACCAUGAUGUCAGACCAAAACAACAGCAUCCUCCCGCGUUUUUGUUUGAUGUCACGGUAUGAGCUCCAAAGUCAUGGCCGUUAAGUGCAGACCGUGAAAGUGACUGUCGGGCUCUAUAAAUAGAAGGCACCUAGGAGAGAGAAGGGGAGGUUGGAUCUUGGGGUUGGUUUUACAUUUUAUGGUUUCCCUUCUAGGGUUCCAGCUGAAGAAACCCUAAGGGGGAAACCCUAGUGAGAGAAAGGUCUUCUUCUUCAAAUCUAGAGAGAGAAAGUGAUCAACAAGCGGAGAAGAAGAAGAUUUGGGCUUACUUGAAGCUAGAAGAGUGAAUAUUUUUACCUCUCAAGGGAAUUCACAUCAACAAGAAGGGAAGACAAGUAUCCACCAUGGUUCUUUGUUUCAUCUUUGUUGUUUUCCUUUGCCUAGCUAUGGAGUAGAGUUCCUCUUCACUUGGGUAUUGUGAACCCUAGUGUAGAUGUGUGUUAGGGUGUAAGAACAUGACUCUAUGUGUGUGAUGAAUGUUGAUCGAAUGUUUUAUAUUUGAGGUAUUAUUCAUGAAUGAUUGAGUGUUGCUAGCUUUAACUCAUUCUUAUGCCAAUUUGACCUAGGUAGAGGGAAAUCCCCUUCUUGCUAAGAGGCUUUUAUAAGUUGGAAUUCCUUGGCCAAUUGCACCUACUUAGGCCAGAUUAGGGAAAAACUCAAAUAUCAGAUAAGUGUCAUGAUCCCAUCAUGAUUGGUCGCUAUGCGCCGUCCGAAUUAAUUUCCUAGAGCUUGGUUCUUGCAACCCUUGGUUGAUUGGUUAAGAAGGCUAGAUUUCCUAGCUUAUAGUUGCAAUCCUUAGUCGAAUUGGUAAGAGAGUUAGGCCACCUAGCUUAUUGUUGAUAUCCUAAACUGGUCGACUAAGAGAGUUAGGGUUUCUUAGCUUGUUGCACCCACCUCACGGUUUAUAAACACAUCCUUCACACUCGAGUUUCGUUCAUUGUUUCUUAAUACAAGACUUGGGGGAGCGAUUCCCAGGUGAAUUCUUCUCUCAUUGGGAAAACCUUAAUUUACUUUACUUGUUUGUUUAUUUUGUAGUUUUCUUAGUUUUUAAACCCUAAAUCGUUUGCUAGAUAACAACUUAAGCGAUUGAAGUAAGGGUACAUGGAAUGGCCCGGGUUGACAAAUUAAAGCAUAUUUCCCUAUACUGCACUCGGUUAGAGUUUAUAAUUGGGCUCUAGUUGGGAUUUUUAAUCCGCGGUGUUGUCUGUGGCGAGUCAAUUGUGUGUUUUAAUAUAAUGCUUGAUGUAUU